UUGAUUUCGGACGGAUGGACGAGCGUUUAUAAAGAGAAGGUGAUCAACUAUGUCGUAGUGUCGCCGUUGAUGCGGCCCCUUCUUUGGUGUACGACGAUUUGUGGUGAAGAUGAGCAAACGGCUGAGUACGUGGCGAGCGAGAUCAGUGAGGUGAUCGACGAGAUCAACAAAGCCGCCGGUGAAGACGUUGUGGUGUCUGUGACGACCGACAACGCACCCAUGAUGCAGAAGGCGUGGGAAAUCCUGGAGGCAACUCGUCCAAUUUUCUGCAACGGCUGCAGUAGCCAUGCACUUAACCUCAUACUGGAGGAGCUUCUCGCACGAUUCCGAAGGCUACAAAAAGAAGGUGAUGAAGAACAUCGACGAGCGCUGCGUAUGCCUGUGCCUACGAGGUGGUACUCAAGCUUCGAGUUCAUUAAGACCAUCGUGGCUGACAAGGGCUUCUGGAAGCGGAUCAAGCUGGUUCAAACCCUCCUUGAGCCGAUUGUUGAGGCCGUCGCUAUGCUCGAGCACGACAUAUGCUGCAUAUCGAUGGUGUAUUAG